AUGGCUGGGCCUGCGAGGAACGUGCAAACGCAUUCAUAUGAGCCUGCCCCAGGCUACGAAGAAAGCUUUGUGGGAUAUAAGCGUCAUUCGUUCUGGUCCUCCAAAGGAUGGAGAUGGGAAUUACUCACUUCAAUUUUUGCCCUGGGUGUCCUGGCCGGAAUUAUCGUCCUCUUCAUUUUCAUGGAUGGAGCCCCUUUGUCUGACUGGGAAAAGGGCCUCUCUCCCAAUGCGUGGAUUUCUAUCUUGACAACCGCAUGCGCGGCAGCACUCAUGCAUGGAGUCAACGCAUUUAUGGGACAAUAUAAAUGGCUGUACUACAUGAAGGGGAAUCAUCAGCUUGCUGAUUUGGAAAUAUUUGACGAAGCAAGUCGCGGUCCUUCGGGUUCCCUCAAGUUCCUUUACGACAGACUAAAAAAAAACAUGAUCUUGAGUGUAGCCUCGAUAGGCGCACUUAUCACCAUCUUGCAGCUUACCUUCACACCAUUUACACAGCAAGUGAUCCAGCUUCGACAACGAGACCUCACCUCCGCUGCGAACGCCGCCAUGCUGGGAUACACACACUACUACAACGCUAGCAUAGAUCCAAGCCUGAGCCGCCUGGAUAACAGCGUCAUCGCAAAUUACCCAGUGGAUCCCGGGAUGCAGGCUGCUAUUAUCCAGGGCUUGUUCGGCAUCGACCUCCCAGAGCCUUUCACUUGUCCCGGGGCAUGUCGGUGGGAUGGGUCAUACACAUCUCUUGGAUUCAAGGCUGAAUGCAAGGAUGUCACCAAGGCGACGAUGCAAACGGCCACCUGCAAUGGCAGUGUAAAUUCCUUAGAGCAAUGUAACAUGACAACACCCGCAGGAGUCAACCUUACGUCUCGUACUAUGGCCACCGAUUAUGCGACACUAUAUGCUAUGAAUGCAUUCGCAUUUCCUUUUGGAAAGCAGACGAUUGAAACAAUAAGAAACGAACUUCCAGAAAUAGUGCGAUUUGGAAUCUAUCGAUCGACGGUGGACGGGGAUUUUUCGAUGCACAACAUCAAUAUUACCGACUGCGCUCUUUCCCUCACAGCCUACGAAUACACUGAUGUUAAGGCAAAUGGAAGUAACCUUACCUUUGGAAACAAGCGAGAGGUUGAUUUUGGCGUGAAGAAUCCCUGGAAGUACACUGGUGGUACCGGGCUCAACGACGUGCAAAAUGAAAAUCCGGAUUUGUACACCAACGAGACGAUCAAUGGGAAUAUGACGAUCCCCGCCCUUGGUGUCACCUAUCUCAAUCUGUACGGACUGAGGAAUUUCUUCCAGUCCACGACAAUUGUUACCGAGUGGGUCUUGGGUAACUUCGUCAACACGAACAGCGGCGUCGCCACUUCUCUAGUUGGUGAUGUGGACAUCGGUGACCGCUUCAACAAAAUGGCGACUUCCAUGACAAAUAGCCUGCGGUAUGGCACGAGUGGCCAGAAUGCUUUUGGAGAAGUGAUAGAAAAAGAAACAUACAUUCACAUCCGCUGGGGGUUCUUUGUUGUUCCGUGUUUCAUCGAACUGCUCGCAGUCGUGUUCGCCAUCACUAGCAUGGUGCAAAAUCGGCGGAGCCGCCGUGUUCCCUUGUGGAAGUCUUCGGUGCUUGCUAUACUGGCGUGUCAGUAUGAGAACGGGAAGCUGUUCUCUACAAGCAAGGACAUCAAAAGGAUCUACGAAGAGGCAGAGAAGAACGAGGCAGAACUUCACUAG